AUGCUAGGAGUGUACCGGAUACUGCGACUUCGCCAAAACCCUCCAAGGAGUGCAAUAUUUCAACAAUUCAAAGGGAAUGGAAUCUCUAACCUAAACAAAAUAUGUUCAAAUUUUGGAUGUGUCACGUCCUCUCCACGCACGCAGCAGAUAGGAUUGGAGAAUGUAACGGUGUCAGAGGUACUAAUGACAAAAGGGCAAGAAAAUAUCGGUUCCUGGCUUUGGUGCCGAGCUGAUGAUGUUGUUAUUAAUGCAAUGAAAAACAUGGCUGAUAAUAACAUUGGAUCAUUGGUGGUACUAAAGCCAGAGGGGCAGCAUAUAGCAGGGAUAGUCACAGAAAGAGACUGCUUAAAAAAAAUAGUUGCACAAGGAAGAUCUCCCUUAUACACACAAGUUGGUCAAAUAAUGACUGAUGAGAAGAACCUGAUAACGGUGACCUCUGACACCAACAUUCUUCAAGCAAUGAAAAUUAUGAUAGAGAAUCAGAUCCGGCACGUUCCAGUUAUAGAUGGGAAAAUCGUUGGUAUGAUUUCCAUUGUAGAUGUGGUGCGAGCAGUGACGGAGCAGCAAAGUGGAGAAUUGAAGAGACUGAAUGACUACAUCAGAGGAGAAUACUAUUAG